AUGAGGACAUCUUCAGGCGAACAGUCGACAGAUCUGAGCAUCUCUGUUGUAUCCCCCAAACAUGAUGAAAGCCGGUGGUUCGCAAUACCUAAGGAUAUUCGUGAGGAGCUUUCCCUAUCAGAGAUAUACGAAUUCCCAAAUCUAGAGUCCCUUUGCAAAGAGACAAUCGAAGAGAUUAUCGCCGGUCUCCUACCUGGAACGGGACCGAAAGAAUAUCAAGAAAGUAUUAAAGAUCACGGCGGUGUUUGUGAGGUUACACGAUCCUUGCUAAAGCUCAUUGUUGCCAAUGUUAGGGCCCUCGAGGGCCUAAAGAUCUCAAGGGAAGUGCUAUAUAAAGCCCUAGUCGAGCGUGGUGAUAAGAUACCUUGGAACCGGCCAGUAGGAUAUGCUAGUCUUGUGACAGAUAUUCGGCAUAUAGACUGGUGGCGAAUGUACUGUGGCCAGUGUUUCCUUGCUUGGAGAAGGAUUAUGUGCCAGCAUACUCAGGCUAUUCUACGAAAUUCAACAAGCAGUCUCCACUACUACAUCCUAUGGAUGGGCAACGGCAAUCGGACCGCGCAUUUUAUCAAACUUUGGGAAUUCCCGGAAGAUACAUUGGACGACUCUUGGUAUCAGAUCCGUUCGAAUAUACUGGAAGCUGUCUUCUGCAAGGCUUUUAAAACUCAUCAUGGGAUGCUGAACAGAAUUGAUUGUCCUGAUUCACCAACCAAGAGCUAUGGGCUGAAUAUAAUGACGCCACUGGUCCAGGGGUAUGUCACACUUUCUAAAGCUCUACGAGUUAAAGCCAAUGCGGGCCCAAGCCAAUCACCGGAUGCCCAGAUCAGACAUUGGGCUACGUUCAACCCUUCUAAAAAGAAAGUUCAGAGAAAACCGCGCCCUAUCUUCCAGUGCGACUUCGAUGCAGCGCUAGAAAUCGCACUCAGAGAUAAAGAACUUUUCCAAUAUGUGAUUAAAUUACUUCGAAGUCCAAGAUAUCCCGCUAAGCCAGAAGCUUGUGAUUCUAUCCCUUUUUCAGGUAGUCUUCAAGCAGCAAUUGGCUUUGUUCUGGAUUAUGCGGCAGUAUCAGUAGCUAAUGACAGUCCAUUGGAGUCUGUGAUUAGCAAAAACUCUGGUGAUCUCCCAUGGCCCAUUCAAGGCUGCGGGUUUCACGAGGGCAAUGUUCUUGUGUGGACAUAUAAUUUCAAGAGGUUUUCCAGUUUAACGCCUGAUGAUUUCACUGCUACUGAAGAUUCUGAAAGAUUAUGGGAGGACUCUCAUAAAACUCUCCUUGAACAGUGUGCUGCCAAAAUAAUUCUUCUUUGUGGGCCACGGGCGGGAAGAAUCAUCAAAGCAAUGAUAGAAGGUUCGAGUCAGUAUACCCUUGAUAUCCAAGGGUAUAAGUAUCAAAUUUAUCUUGACCAUAGACGGCUCUAUAUUCGCUGCCCUGAGUUACCAGCAGAGGUAUGGUCUAUUAACCCGAUUCAUGCUGCCCGGCUGAGUGAUGUGGUUCGAUUCGCAACUAGGGUACUCGGUAUAACAGAUAUCAGACCGUAUUUCGUCGAAUCAAGCAGCAUUGUCGGCUAUAUCCUUAGCCAGGCUAGAAAGGAACGGCUUGGUGGACAUAUUAUGACAACAGACGACCUUGAUGCAGGUAUCAAGCUUUGGCUAAUUCGUAAAGGUAUUGGAGACGAUGAUGAUAUCCGUGAAAUUGAAACUAUUGCUGGUUCUCUCGUCCGUGGUCUUCUGAUGUUAUUACAUGCACUUCCCAGAAGAGAAAAUGCUGUGCAAACCCCCAUAAGACCUCCAUUGCCAGAUAUCGGGAGGGAAAGGACUCGUGUUCAUGAAGGCUUUGAUAAUGGAAGCUACGAGAAAAUCAAGGAAAUGGUCCGUGAUCGAGUGGGAAAACGCGACGAAUUAUACCUAGAAUGCCUGUCUACUUUGCCAAAGAAAGAAACAGGCACCGCCGAAGACAUAGCUGAAGACGCUGCUGAGGCUCAUCAGACAAUGACCACUGAGACUCUUUUCCAGGUAGAUGAUAAGGAGGUAACCGGCAUGCAGACUUGGUUAUUCAACCGCCGAAAGGAAACAAUAGGGUCCGAUGAAGGGUCAAAUUACCUUCCUAAGACUGGCAAAAGGAACAAUUUAGAAACCACGAGCUGCCUGGAGGUUGCACACAGUUUUGAAGCUCGGGUCGAGGAUUUAACACUUCUGAUAGAUCAAGCAAUUACAGAUGGAUUUCUUGAUCCAAAUAUUGAUCUCCUCAAAAGUCUGGCUGAGAGCCUCGGCGUUAAGUCUUCUAGAAAGGGAUGCUUACGAAAGGGUCAGACUACUGGGAAAACUGGCUGCACGCGAAAGAUUUGGCGAGAAGAAAGAGAAGUCUUUCAGACUAAAGAAUAUCAGUAUACUGUGCCCCUUGGUAUGACUUAUGAGAGAUCUAUCUCGCUAAACUACUGCCCUAUCAAAUUCCCAUCAGGUAUGGAUGUGGGAGACGGUACAAUAUAUGUCAAAAUGGAGAUUUGUCCAUUUGGCCAGAGACAUCCUAAGGUUUAUGCAACUAGCGCAACAGACGACGAUCCUGCCUGUCGACUAGCAUUCUAUGUUAGAUUCACAGACUCUACCGGAUCUGAGGUUAGAUAUUACGAAAGAAACGCAAACACAAGCCCACUAUUCCGCGCGAAUACAUUUGUGGAUGUCUUGGCCAACAGUGUACCAGAUGAACAGAUCGCCAAAACCCCUAGGAGAUAUCUUCAUUAUAAAAAAGGAAUGUCUCCAGCAGGGCUCGAAGGCUUCGAGGGCGGUAGCUAUACAACUCUUCCAUGA